CCGGAACCGGAAACACUGUUGUGAGAGGAGAAAAACAGUCCAAUGCAUCACGGGCUACAGCCAAAGAAAUAAACAACGGGAUUAAUAUCUAAGAUGUCAUUUGGGUCACAGAACAGUGGCCGCCGGAGUAAAUGGGACCAGCCUGGGCCUGUGUCUGGGGGUCCUGGUUCUGCAGCUCCAGGAUCUGGGGGUCCUGGAGGUCUGGGAGAGAGUGAGGCAGCCCCGUCCGGAGCUCUGGAUGCAGCUGCUGCAGUGGCAGCAAAGAUUAACGCCAUGCUAGUUGCAAAAGGCAAACUCAAACCUUCCCAGAUCAAUACCCCAGGACCACCCGAUAAGAUUCUGGGAGUCACAAAGCCUCCAUUGCUUUCCAAAGCCAAAGAUGACCUGGUUGUUGCAGAGGUGGAGAUCAAUGAUGUGCCAAUCACCUGCAGAAAUCUCCUGACUCGAGGACAAACUCAGGAUGAGAUCAGUAAAGUCAGUGGUGCUGCAGUGUCAACUCGGGGGCGUUAUAUGACGACUGAAGAGAAAUCAAAAGCACUUCCAGGGGACCGACCGCUUUACCUACAUGUUCAAGCUCAGACACGAGAGCUCGUAGAUCGGGCUGUGAAUAGAAUCAAAGAGAUCAUCACAAAUGGUGUUGUAAAAGCUGCCACGGCUCCAUCAGCUCCGACUUUUUCUCAAAGUGGAGCCACAGUCACAGUUUACCACCAGCCCAGUCCUCCCUCGAUGGCCCCCAUCCCUCACCACAAGCCAAACCCACAGACUGGAUUACAUUUUGUUCAGGAUAAAUUGUUUGUGGGUCUGGAUCAAGCAAUGCCAGGGUUUGUGGUGAAGGAGCGUGUGGAGGGCCCUGGCUGCUCGUACCUGCAGCACAUUCAGGCUGAGACCGGAGCCAAGGUUUUUCUCAGAGGGAAAGGCUCUGGGUGUUUAGAGCCUGCAUCAGGACGAGAGGCAUUUGAACCCAUGUACAUCUAUAUCAGUCAUUCUAAACCAGAGGGACUUGCAGCAGCAAAAACUCUCUGUGAGAAUCUACUCCAAACUGUUCAUGCAGAGUAUUCCCGCUUUCUUAGUCAAAUGAACACCAUGAUUCCAGCACAAGGGUUCACUCCUCCAUCAGUAGUGAAUGGGAUCCCUCCACAGCCUCCUUACUACCCUCCUGCGGGGUAUCCUCCAGGCUACCCUCUCCCUGUAGCUGUCCCUGCCCCUCAACCCCAACCCCAGCCUCAGCCUGUGCCCCCUCUGUACACAGUGCCCCCUCACAUCAACCCUGCUCCAGCCGUAACCCCGCCAUACCCCACUGCUCCCACCCACGUUGCAGUGCCCACCUCUGUGUCUGCCCCUCUCCCACCUCCAGGAACGAUACCUCAGACUCUUCCCUCUGUAACUUUUCCACCAACAGCCCCAGUGACCCCCAAACCCACAGCCUCCUCUGCCCCAGCCAACGCGCCCCAGAAGAGACGCUUCACUGAAGAGGUGCCAGACGAGAGGGACACUGGACUCCUCGGGUAUCAGCAUGGACCCAUUCAUAUGACUAAUUUAGGUGCAGGCUUCUCAGUGGGCACCCCAGAGACUGCAGGACCCCCACCUCCGACUUCCUCCGGCCCAUCGAAUGAGAGGGACAGUCGGCAGCUGAUGCCUCCUCCUUUGUUGCCCAUGAAUGUGGUUAGACCCAGGAUGGAAGAACGAACAGCACCCCAAGGCCCAAUGGAGCCGACAGUAAAAAGAAUGCGAACAGGUUUGGUAGCAUACACAGGUGACUCGUCUGAUGAAGAAGAGGACCACUCUAACUCCAAAGCCUCUGUUUCUGGGGCAUUUGGACCUUCCGCCUCUACCUCCCCCGGGCUGACACAGGGCUUCCGCUGUCCUCCCCCUCCUCCCCCGCGACCCAAAACUCAGACACAACAACCAACUAUGCCUUUUUGGAUGGCUCCGUAAGACUACAAACCCUUAUAAUACCAACCUUUUAGUAAUUUAUGCUAUUUUUGUACAAUAUAAUCUGAGCCAAUGUCACCAGAGCCCCUAAAACUAUCAGUGUUCUUUCCUUUAGUAUCUGGCCAUUAAGAUUUAGUUAAAAGCUCUUUUUGAACAUUUUGCAAACUUGUAUGAAUUGACAUGAUUAAGUUGAAGUUACAAAAAGUAUUUAGGGACAAAGAAAAGAAAGCAGCUCAUAGAUUUAGCCUUGUUAUUGAUAAACUUCCUUUGCUACUGACUACGGACUACAUGGAUAUGCAGAUGAUUCAUGUAAUGCUUUUUAUAAAUUAAACAUAACUUAUUGUCA